GGGAAUAAAAUACCCGCCGGUGGCUGGGGCAUCGGGCUGCAGGUCCCGGUCGCCAGGUUCCGUAUAUUACAGCAGAGGAAGGACGAAGCUUUCAAACAGCCGCGUAAUAUGAUUACCGAGGAGCUUCCGUCACCGAUGGUUCAAGGAGGUGAGACCCCGCCCGUCCCUCUUCUUCCUCCUCCGUUUCGUCGCACUCCUCCCGCUACCCCUUUGCCGUCGCGACGUCGAAGCGCCUGCGAAUUUAUGAAUUUACGGUACGCGGCUGUUGAAAAGAUGGCGGAAAAAAAAACACGCCUCCAAUAAACCAGAAGGAACGCUGUGAGAGAUGCGGACAAUUUUUACUUCGUUCCGCCGUGAAAGAAGUAUAUAUAUAGGUAAGUAGAAUGCGAGGAUAUUUUUGUUCUCGUCGCUAUCGUUUUUCGAGGUUAGGUUUGGGAAAUUUCCGCAGCGGAAUUAGAGGAGCCAAAAAUCGGAUGCGGCAGACAAUUUUAAUUCCGUUUCGCCAUAAACUACGUAUACAUAUAUGUAAGCAGAAUACGAGGAUAAUUUUGUUCUCGUCGCUAUCGUUUUUAGGUUAGGUUUGGGAAAUUUCCGCAUGGGGAUUCGAGGGAUUAAAAACCGGACGCGGCGAAAGAUUUGUAGGUUAGGUUACAAGCUUCUGAAAAUUUCAUUUAUUCGAUAACGUGGAACACAAGUGAUCCGAUUUGCCUGGGACUCGGUGAACUCGAUGAAUCUUCGCAGUUGUUGAGUCGAGGGGAAUAAAAAGUUGAAUGAAAAUCGCGAUCACGUCCCGAUUCUUCUUCCAAGUUAUGGAAAUAAGGUAUCCCGGAACGAUGUAUCUCGACGCUCUGACAGAAACCACCUUGGCACAGUAUUCGUAACGUCGCUAUGUAAUAACGUCGUUAUGUGCCAAUUACAUGCACGCCGCUUCGCUAACUUAGUUUGCCUCGCAAUAUUCACUUGGCUAACUACGCCUACAAACUACGAGCCUCCGCUACACGCAAAUUCCUAUAGACAGACGCGCACCUACCCUAUCCAAAAGCGUGGAGGGCGAUUACUUUUCCCACAGAUGAUUCCCGUUCGCCGGAUUUCUUCGAAACUCGCGAACCUCCGCGGCGAGAGUCUCGCGUCGACAAAUUGGAACUCCUCAUCUUCCGAACGACGACGGCCGAAAUGUGUGAAAAUUUUUUUGUUUCUGCUACCCGAUACCGCGAGCUCUCCGGCCCGCCGAUUCGGUGACCUUGGACGAGACCGAAAUAUUUGUGCGGUUCACCGCGGGCCAAUAGGCCAGGGGUAAGUGAGGUCGGUCGCGAUCGCUCUUCGAUCACCUGCGCCGCGAUAGUGCCGAACAAUUUUCGCUUUGUACAGGUGAGUUGUCGACUUGAAAAACCAGGUGGAUAAACAAUAACGGAAUAUGCAACGACCUCGUCGUGUCCGAGAUAACGUUAACAAGAGUCGCGCUUCGUGUUUCGCUCGCGACAGAAAAUUUGCGCACACGGUUGCUGAACGGUGUACAGGACGCUUCAAAGGUGCCGCGAAACAAAAUGGCCGACGGACGGACGGCGGGCCGGAAAUUACCGAGCGACUUUUCCGUCCGUCCGCCGGCGAUCGCCCCGGAACUCGUCGACGCUCGGGAGCUAUCGGGGUCGCGCUUCGGGCCUCCCUUCGGAACCCCGUUUUUACGGACGGUAAGUUACGACCGUUCCUGAAUCGCCCUGUACACCGGCGACUCGAAGAGCGAAUAGGCGCCGCGCGCGGCGUUUACUCGCCCCGUCCUUUUUUCACCUAUAAAAACCUAACGCGUACCGCGCGCCCGAUUAGUUCUACCGAAGAUAUCCGAUAUUCGUGGCUUUUUUUUUCUCUUCUUCACCGUCGAAAAAAAUGGACGUGGCCAACGCCUACACGGCGCUGGACGUCGCCUUCAAGUUCGGCCCGCCCCUCAGCUACCUGGUGUUCUUCAACAUCCUCAUAUACCACCUGCGACCGGACAUAGUCGACGAGAAAAAUCGCCCGAAGAACGUGCCCGCGAUAAACCUGGACUCCCGGGAGUACGACUUCGUGGUGGUCGGGGCCGGCGCGGCGGGUUGCGUGAUCGCCAACAGAUUGACGGAGAACGCGAACUGGACGGUUUUGCUACUGGAGGCCGGCGGCGAGGAGCCGUACUACACGGACGUACCCGCGACCUACCUGAGCCAGCAGAGGAGCGACCUGGACUGGAAUUUCGAGGCCGAGCCCUCGACGACCUACUGCAAAGGCAUGACCGGUAACAGGUGCAGGGUGCCAAGGGGCAAGGCUCUCGGCGGCAGCAGCACGAUAAACUCCAUGCUCUACGUGCGGGGUAACAGGCGGGACUACGACGGCUGGAGGGACCAGGGAAACCCGGGAUGGGGCUACGAGGACGUUUUGCCGUAUUUCACCAAGUCCGAGAACGUGACGAUCGGGGGACUCAGGGGCUCGCGGUACCACGGUACCCGGGGCUACCUCGGCGUCGACUACUUCAGGUUCACCAGCGGGAUGGCCGAAUACUUCCUGGAAGCUGGACGCCAGCUGGGCUUCCAGGUGGUGGACACCAACGGCGAGUCCCAGCUGGGCUUCACCCUGCCCCAGCUGACCCUGACGAACGGGCUCAAGGCCACCGCGUCCAAGGCCUUCCUCCGCCCCGCCGCCCGCAGGAAGAACUUCUUCCUCAGCGCCCGUUCCAUGGUCCACAAGGUCAUCGUCGACCGGAAGACCGGGACCGCCGAGGGCGUGAGAUUUCGCAGGGGCGGCAAAAUGUACACGGUACGCGCUAGGAAGGAGGUGAUCCUGUCAGCGGGCGCUAUACAGUCACCCCAGCUCCUUAUGCUCUCGGGAAUCGGUCCGAGGAAGCAUCUCGAAGAGAUGGGGAUCCCCGUGGUCCAGGAGCGCUGCGGCGUCGGUAGGAACUUCCAGGACCACGCGCUCAUCGGGGGUUUGGUAUUCCUGAUGGAUGCCCCGCCGCCCGAGAGCGACCCGAACAUCACCGACGCCGAGAACUCGGCCGCGGCGCGCAGGUUCCUCGAGGACAACGAGGGGCCGAUGAUGGACCUACCGGAAAUCGAGGGGAUGGCCUUCGUUAAUUCGAGGUUCACCACACCCGACUAUCCGGACAUACAGUUCCUGUUCGGCCCGCAGGGCGACAACUUGGGUGGCGAUUUUUACCCCAGACGAAACGGCGGCAUCCGAAAGGAGGUGUACGACAGCCUUUUCAAGGGCGUAGAGGACAUCCGAUCCUUCCGGAUACCCGCUACCAUCCUCAGACCGAAGAGCAGGGGCUACGUGGAACUGAGGAGCGCCGACCCCGAGGAACAUCCGGUGAUAGUGCCGAAAUUUUUCGACGACCCCAUGGACCUCGAGCUGCUGGUCGAGGGGACGUACAUGGCGGAGAAGGUGAGCCGGACGCCGAGCAUGCGGCGUUUCAAGCCGCGUCUCAACAGCAACCCGAUAAGUCCUGAGUGCGCCAAGUUUCCGUUUUUCUCGAGGGAUUAUCUGAGGUGCCACGCCAGGUAUUACACCCAGACGGCGGAGCACCCGAGCUGCACCUGUCGGAUGGGACCGGCGGACGACCCCAUGGCGGUCGUUGAUCCUCGGCUCCGGGUUUACGGGAUCAAAAAUCUUCGGGUGAUCGACGCUUCGAUUAUGCCGAACAUCACGUCGGGGAAUACUUACGCGCCGGCUAUGAUGAUCGGCGAGAAGGGGGCCGAUCUGAUCAAGGAGGAUCACGGGGCGCGACGAUAACCUCGAAAUGUCGAACUUCCGAACAACUGAAUAGUGUAAUCGAAAGUUUGGCAA